AUGGGUCAGGGUAUGCUCGGGUACGGCCCUUGCGACUACAGUCGUGACUCACAACUUCUCCCUUCCUCCCCCUCCCCUCUGCUUCUCUCCUUCCCAGUAGCUCUCAAACCUCAGCCAAACUUGGUCAGAGUACACCUCGACCUCCUUGGCGCAUUUGAGGAGAUAGAGUGGAGGUGGUAUGGCAUUCAUCGGCUCAGUGGGAGUGCGAUUACAAGCCUGUAUGUCUGGGCUCUAGGCCAGCCACCUCUGUAUGGUCUAGACGUGGAUGGGCAUGCGGCGUGCGCUCGCCAUACGCUCGCCCGCGUUCGGUGCAUGGCUGGAGAAGCUGCCGUUCUCGGCCGUGACCCACGCGCUCUUCUUCAACCUCUGCGAGCAUCAACCUGUCUCCCCUGCCCAGCCCCUCCUGCUCUUGGAGCCGAGCAACGUGGUAGGCAAGGACGUGCUGAACACGUACUUCCCCCGCUCCUUCCCAGGCGCAUGUGCCGUUCAGUGCACCACCGGGCGUGCGCACGGUGGGGCACAUGCAGAGGUGGGGGAUACCUCUCCGACCUAGCCAUGUCUGCCACUCUCACAAUGUCCGCAACACCUAUCACGAUCUCCGACCUCAAUAGCCUUUCUGAGCUGUUUACACCGCCCACACACCUGCAGAGCGCCCUCAGCGUCGCCAGCGACACCUCGCACUUCGUGCUCCACAACAAGGGCGAGGCCACUGCCCACCCGAUCACCAACAACCCGCCCACCAAGUACCUCCCAUUCCAGAUGACCAUGGAGACCAUCCGCCAGCACAAGGGACAAUGCCUGCUCUGUGGGCAGAAGGACAACUUGACGGUCAUGCGCACCAUCCUGCAGCACGGCGUGGGCACGGAGCAGCUGGACCCCAUAUCGUGGCUGCAGGGCCUCAAAGCCCUCCCGGUGGAAUACACGUGUGACGAGUGGACGAACCUCAUGACAUUGUGCAAGCCGCACGCGCGCGUGUAUGAGGACAACGUCUGGUGGUGGGUCCCCAGCACCGCGUUGCGCGCGCACAUGGCCAACCUGGUGCCCAUCUCAGGCGCCGCGACACCCUCGCACGCCACGAGCGAAGACGGCGAGGCAGACGAGAUGGACGAGGGGGAGGACUCCGAGGCGCACGGCCCAUACUCCCCCUCCGAGUUCAUCUCUGGCAUCACCAUCGACGAUGGCAUCUCCGGGCAGAUGCACAACCCCGAGAUCCGGAGGAGCAAGGAGAAGGAGGAUGCUGAGGUGCAGGCGCGGAGGGUGGUGAUUUUGGCAGGGAGGGUAGCGGAGGGCGAUGAAGACGAAAACACGGACCUCGACGUUGGACUACGAUGA